CAUGUGAAAUAGUUGAAGUCUGUAUUUUUUUCAAGAUGGCGUCUGGACUUGCCGUAGACAUCGCGAUUGAAAGUCUGCUUGAGAGUGAAGUGGAAGAGAUCUCUAGGGAUGGACAAGAAAAAUAUGUACCGCAGCUAUCCAUGUCAGAGAAGCUGGCCAAACUAGCGCACAAGAUAGACUUUUUAUCAGAUGUAAAGGGGCACAAAGAGGAUGUAGACAAAGAAGAUGAUGAAAAAUCAUUGGUAACAUUUCAACCUUCUCUGUGGCCGUGGGAUUCUGUUAGGGAAAACUUGAGGAAGUCCUUAACUGAAGUCUGUGUAUUAUCUGAUGUUCUGAAUGUGGUGCGAGACAAGAAAUAUUUAGUAUUGGACCCAGUCUCACAAAACCAAGCCACUCCUAAGCCAACUUUGUCUUUGAUCACUAAAAAGAAGGGUCUUUGUAAUGCUGCUGAUAUUCUGCUACGAGGAGCUCAGAGAAUGGAAGAUGCAGUCAAAGAAAGAGCUGAUAAUACAUCAAGGCACCUAGGGAGCAACGCAAAAGAUUUCCAUUCUGAACUUAUGAUGCUUAGAAAGAGGUGGAGGUUAAAAAGAACAGGCACUUCUAUAAUGGGGGAUUUGACAUAUCGCUCAGCUGGCUCACAGUUCAGAAAUCCAGGAUUGUUUGAGGUUAACAAAGCUACAAUAGCUGAAGAUAAAACAGAACAAUCCACCCCAGACAAUAGAGCUUUGGAGGUGACUGUUGGAAGUGAUUUGGAAGGAGCAGCAGAAAUCAGAGUGGCUAUUGUGGAGUCUGGAAAAGAUCUACAGAUUGCAUCUGUUAGAGGUUUGAUGAGUGGUUGCUAUGACAAUAUGCCAACAGUUAUUCCAUCGUGGCAACAGAAGCUGGAAUCAGCUCAGUCCAACUUAUUUUGCAAAGAGUUAUUUAUGCAGCUGUCUCAAGGAGCUUACAAUACUAAAGAAAACCGACCUCACUUUGUGAUGGCCAAUGAAAUAAGAGCUGAGAUUUUUCCAGGAACAGAUCUUUGUAUAACAUACAGCUGUCGGAAAAACAGUUCAGAAGAAAACUCUUCUAAGGUGGCGCAUAAGGAUAAAGCACCUCGUGCUUACUCUCUUGAGUAUUCUCUUCACUCGCUUCUCAGGAAGCAGCACUUAAAGGCACAGUCAUUGCAGACACCUCGUCCUGUUACUGCAUAUCCCAUGCAAGGGGGCAGCAAGAGGCUGUGUCUUGCUGGAGCAUCAGCUCUAACAACUUCUGAGGUAGCACCAAAUCUACAAAGUGAGAGUCUUUUAGAAACUGUCCUAAAAGUCUCAAGACACAAAGUUCUUCAGAAAAGGGCCGUGGAGGUGAUUGAUGAUCUGAAGUCCAGACUGAAUGAUCCUUGUAUUACAUGUCAUUGGAGCACUGUAGGCAGUGACACUAAUACAUCAGCUACUGUUCACAUCACUUCGCCAGAGGUUGGACAUCUCGCUAGGUCAUCAUUCCAGUUACGCGUGGGAGUACGAGGAAUUCGUGUAGUGAGUGCUGAUGGAGAAAAUGUUGACCUUCCCACCCACCCUCAGGAUUUAGAAGACUUCAUCUUAAGUCAGGUUUGCAAUCAUCGCUUAUUAGUGGCCAAGUCUCUGGCGCAGAGCCUGGGCUGGCACGUGAUCCAUUGUAGUCGUCACGUGGGCACUGGGGCGAAAGAAAGACAGGGUCAUGUGGGUGGACUGAUGGUGAAAUCGCCAAAUGGAAAUAAAGCUGUCGCAGUCCGCACAGGACCAGCCAGCGGUGUGAGCGUUUUGGUCAGGCGCCCUCAGCUCCCUAAUGGCGUGGCGCCCGAGUUACUUGGCGACAUGAACUGGGGGUGCCUGGGGGGAGAUUUUAUGGAGGUGCACUGGUCAAAAAUGCCAGGAAGAACUUUUGUGCAAAAAAUAUUCUUACUGUUAGCUAUUGAAAUGUACUGAUAUCUGAGUAUAUAUUUAGUACUUGUUUACAGCUACAAUAGGUGAACAAUAACAAAAAGAAGAUCAUGGUAGCUGAUAAACUUGUAAUCAAGGUCUUAUUUUAUGCUUAGAAGGCUCCAUGCUAAGCAUCAAGAGUGAAUCACCUGGUAUUUUCUGUUCAUGAUCUGAUAAUUGACUUUUGAUUAUGUACAGUGAAAUAUAAUUAUAAAAAAAGUUAAGUCAUUAAAGUCUUGCAUUGAUGUUGUGAUAAA